UCAUGGUGAAGAAGAAGCCAUAUUGAAUUUCUUGAUAACUUCUUAGCGUUUAGUGUAGUACAGGGACUGUUGUCUUUCUUCAGAGCUCUUUAGACAUGAUAAGAACAAUUAUAUGGUUUGGUGGUGCUGGUUUUUUUGCCUCAAGUUACUCCAAUUUGGUGCGAGGCUUGCCAAUGAUGAGAAAACCCAUGAUGCAUACAUUCUUCACAAGUAUUGGGCUGUAUGCAGGCUAUCUGAUCCAUAAAUGGGAGGAUAAAGGAGAAGCUGUGUAUGAAGAGAUGGUAGAGAAACACAAAAAUGUACCAUGGUGGCCAAAGGCUCAGCUCUUAGCAGAGAAAGCUGCCAGGGAACAAGUCUUAAAGGAAGCAAUCAUGGCAGACAUUGCAGAAGAAGAAUCAGAUGAAUAACAUUUUAUGUUGGGGGAACCUUUAAUUGGUACUGCAAACUCAGAGUGUCUUAGUUUGACUUUUCCAUCAAAACAUGUUUUUUAAACUGUAACAACUACUGUUACAUCAACCGACACUCAGCAGUUCAAAAUAUUCUAGUUAUUUUUUGCAUUGUAAAUAUAAGUGGUCUGAUUUGAAGUUAAUAAAAGAA